CAACCAUGUUGACUGGAAUGUAAACAUUUCGUUUUAACUCAAUUUUAUGGCAAAAACAAAAAAAGCAAUAGAAAAUUUUCAGUAAAUGUUACUAUUAUUGAUUUUCCCCAGUCGCGAUUCGAAAUUGAGCGUAAAACCCAGCGAAUCAGCUGUUUGGCGGCAACGACAGCACAACAAAACAAUUAAAAAUCCGCCGCAGCCGCAAAACAAAACAAAUAAAAGCAACAACAAAAUAGGCGAAAAACAAUAACAAAACCAAUACCAACUGCGCAGCGAUAAAAUUGUUUGCCAAUAAGAAUCGGGCUUAGUGCGGCAUUGGCAUCCGAAAGAUACAGGAACGUGUUGGCUGCAGCUGCACCGGGAAGACCAUGGUUUUCUUCAAGUUCUUGAAGAGCAAACUCUCCCAAUUUAUGACUAAGACAAAUCGCUUGGUGAUUUUGAGGCAUGGCGAAAGUGAUUUCAACAUAGAGAACAAAUUCUGCGGCUGGCAUGAUGCGCCAUUGAGUGAAUUCGGCGUCCAGGAAGCCCUGACCGUGGCGAUUCCAGCGCUCGCCCAAUCUCAGUUGGAAUUCGACGUGGUCUAUUCAUCCGUCUUGAGCAGAUCCCGUCAAACGGCCGAAUUGAUCCUCUCCAAGUUGAACUGCGCCUACGUGCCCAUAAAGGAGGAUUGGCGGCUGUGCGAACGGCAUUACGGAAAUCUGACAGGUUGCCGGAAGCGAAUGGUAGCCGAUCGCUAUGGUGAGGAGCAGGUUCAGGCGUGGCGACGGGGAUACGACUGCGUACCGCCGCCGAUCGAGGAGAACAAUCGGUACUUCUACACCAUUUGCAGCAAUCCCAUAUUCGAUGAUGUUCCUCGCGAGGAGUUCCCCCUCGCGGAAUCCCUGCACAUGUGCGUCGAUCGGGUGAAACCCGUGUGGAAGGAGGUCAGGCGGGAGGUGUUCAAAGGCUCUCGGGUACUGAUGUGCGUCCACGGAACUGUGGCCCGUGCCCUCGUCCAGCACAUUGAGGGAAUCUCCAACGAGGCCAUCGAAAAGGUUAACAUUCCAAAUUGCGUGCCACGCGUCUAUGAGUUCGAUUUGACUACGGGAGGCUUGGUUGGAGCUGCCAUCAAUCUGGGGGAUCAGGAGUAUAUCAGACGGAAGACAGCCCAGGUGGCAGCCAUUGGUGACUGAUGGCUGAGCGCUCAGAUCGAAUUUUGUGGAAUUUACAUCGAUAUGUGGCCGCCUGCAUUUACUUAAGCCCCUUGGCAAACUUUAUUGCCUCUACCGCUUUAAGUCCGAGGAGAUCGGCUGAUAAGUAUAUUAUGACUACUAUUUAUUCGUCUACCCCAUCUGAUAUUUUCGGCCAAAUAUAUACACUUUAUACAAAAUAUAUAUAAUGGAGAAGAGUACAUAUACAUAAAUGUAAGAAGAAUAAGUUAUUUCGUUUGAUAAAUAAAAAUUGGAUGGUA